CCGGACGACCAGCAUGCGACGCUUCUGGCUGCUGGCGGCGGCGCUGCCGGCGAUCGCCAUGGCCGCCUGCGCCGACGGCCACCUCGGCUACAACUGCGGCAUGUGCGCCAACGACAAGGCCUGCAGCGCCAUCACCAAGGGCGACAAAUGCGUGCAGUCGCUUGAGUACGUGCCCGAGAUGAAGACAAAGACGUACGACUGCAUCUUGAGCGCGACGCUCCAAGCGGUCUUUACCGACGGCGCCAUGGCGCUCGCUUGCAGCGCCGGGUCCAAGAACACGUGCACGAUGGCGGUCUUUAAGAAUGCGACCGGCGUCGACGGGCAGCACGCGGUCGACUGCACAAUGGACAGUUGCAUCUUUGCCGGCACGUCCUUCUCGUGUAGCAACCUCGUGUGCAAGUGCACGGACCUCUGCAGCGACUUUUCCAAGAUCCUCUUUGAGCAAACGAUGCUCAACAAGCCGCUCAAGGUGACGACAAGCGGCAACACGCUCACGGUAUCGAUCACGGGCUCGCCGUUGCCGCUCGGCGGCACGUGCACGGCGUCGUCGUGCGAGACGGCGGCGGUCUACGCGGCCAUCAAUGGCGGCACGACAAGUAGCAGCGCCGAUGCUGACAAGCCGGCGGCGUCCGAGCCCUUCUCGACUGCGCUCCUCAUUGCGCUCAUCACGGUUCUUGGCGUCGCCGGCACCAUCAUCGUGCUCGCGUGCAUCUUUUAUGCGUCGUACCAAGUUCAAGUACGCCGGUCAUCGCUGCUCAAACCGUCGUCGCUCGAGGACCCGCUGUCGACCGCCCCUCUCAACACGAUCUCGGUGCCCGCUUGCGGCGAGAAGCUCGAGUUUGGUGACAUCACCUGCACGUCAGCACCGCGCAAGCGGUUCUGGCAGCGCCAGCCCGACGUCAGCGACUCCAACACCCACACGAUUCUCCACCAAGUGUCGGGCAGCGUCCAUCGCGGCCAAGUGCUCGGUCUUAUGGGCCCGUCUGGCUCGGGCAAGACGACGCUUCUCAAUGCGCUCGCCGGUGUCGCCAACGGUACGACCACCAUCACCGGCAACAUGUCACUGGACGGCCUCCCGCUGCCCUCCAAUUACCGCCGCCUCGCGGCGUACGUGCACCAAGAAGACACGCUGUUGCCGACGCUGACUGUGCGCGAAUCGAUGGAGUACUCUGCGUUUUUACGGCUCCCGAGCACCUACUCGCUGCAGUCCAAGCAGCUCAUGGUCACCAAGGUCCUCGAAGAACUCCGCCUCUCGCACGUGGCCGACGCUCGCAUCGGUAGCGCGCAGGGCCUCCGUGGCAUCUCGGGCGGUGAGCGGCGACGGCUCUCGAUCGGCAUGGAGCUUGUGACGUCGCCGUCGAUUUUGUUUUUGGACGAACCGACGUCCGGGCUCGAUAGCGCGACCGCCAACAGCCUCAUUUCCGUGCUCCAAGCGCUCGCCAAGAAUGGGCGCAUGGUCAUUAUGAGCAUCCACCAACCGAGCACCAAGUCGUUCUUCAAGCUCGACAAGGUGCUCCUGCUUGCCAAAGGCAAGGUUAUGUACAAUGGUCCGUCCAAGAUGGCGGCCGACUACUUUGCGCAGCACGACUUUGCGUGCCCGGCCGACGAGACGAUCGCGGACCACCUCCUCGAUGUGGUGACGCAGCCGGAGCACAUUGAGUCGCUCGACGUCCUUUGGCGUUCGCAGCACGACCCGUUGUCGGUCUCAUUUGUCAAUACGUCGUCGUUUGAGAUGCUCCAAGCCGGUAUGGACGACGUCGAGUCGUCGACCGAGCUCGGCCGUGGCAGCCGUCUUCUCGAACUCCAAGUGCUUUUCGUCCGGGCAGCGCGCACCUUGUGGCGCAACCGCGCGCUCUUUAUCUUCCACGUCGUCUUGAGCAUCGUGCUCGGGCUUGUGGCCGGCGGUAUCUUUUCCGGUCUCAAACUCAAUCUCGCGGGUUUUCAGAACCGCAUGGGGGCCUUUUACUUUUUGCUGACCUUUUUUGGGUUUGCGACGUUGAGUUCCAUGGACGUGUUUAUCCAAGAACGAGCGCUCUUUUUCAAAGAAGCGAGCGCUCAGUACUACGCGCCGUGGAGCUACUUUGUGUCCAAGACGCUCCUCGACUUGGUCUCGCUGCGCAUGCUGCCGGCCGUGCUGUUUGCUUCUGUCUUUUACUACAUUAUGGGGCUCAACCCGCCGGCCGACCGCUUCUUGUUGUUUACGUCGACAUUGGUGCUCUUCAACGUGGCCGCGGGCUCGCUCAGUCUCCUCGUGAGUACCGUCUCCAAGACGGUGGGUAUCGCGAAUCUUGUCGCGACGGUGGUGCUGCUGCUCAUGCUCCUCUUUGGUGGCUUUUUGCUCAACGUGCAGACGAUGCCGAGCGGCGUCGCACUGAUCCAGUGGCUCUCGCUCUUCAAGUAUGCAUUCGAGGUGAUGAUGACGAACGAGCUCAAGGGUCUCUUGCUGAGUUUUGACGCGCCCGGGUACCCGGCGAUUCCGAUUUACGGCGAAGUGUUUUUGCAGACGAUCGGACAAGAUGUCAACAACCAAACGCAAGACGUGUGCUGCCUCAUUGCGUUUAUCGUCGGCCUCAACCUUGUCUCGUACGUUGCGCUGCAUCUUCAAGUGCCCAAGCGCACGAUGCUGCACAUGGCGCCGAACGGUCGGUCCCCGAUCCCCGUCCUCGACGUCAAGACCCACUAGAACACUCGGACUCUAGUCAGACAAUAAACGCAUAAGGUCCCAUCGUAUGGAAUGUUGUUGUGCUACCUUGAGAAGCGCAAUACCAGCCACCGAUUUUUGGUGGGGCGAAUCGCACUUUGGUGUCGAUAGUAUCGAGGACAUUUAUAUACACUUUGUUCUU